GAAGCAGGGCAGUGACUCCCCGGGCAGUCGGGCUCCUCUUGUGGAGCGGUGGAGAUGGCAGUGAACUUCCCCUGCAGCCUCGCUGCGCUUUGCUGUUUGGCACUCUGGAGCUUCACCGGGACUUCAGGUGGUACACAUGUUACACCACCCCACUCAACCAUAAGACCUGGCUUCCCUGUGCCAGUGAACCCCGACAGCCCCGAGGUGCGCAGGGCUGCUCGCUUUGGGGUCUACAGAUACAACAACAGCUCCAAUGACCUCUUCCUCUUUAAGGAAUCACACAUAAAGCAAGCCAUGGUACAGAUAGUCAGAGGGCUGAAGUACAUGCUCCACGUGGAAAUCAAACGCACCGUGUGUGAGAAGAGGGAUCAUCCCAGCCUGGACAGAUGUCACUUCCAGAGGGAAAAAAACCUGCAACAGAUGCUGAGAUGCUAUUUUGAGGUCUGGAUAACACCUUGGACACACAAAGUGCAUAUCCCUGUUGCCCAUUGCCACCAAGACCUUUCCCCAUGAGAGCCCAACUUCCAGAGAAUCUCCUCCCCUGAGUUUUUCCUUGCCUGGACUGCUGAGGUCAAUACUGAAGUGGGAACAGCUGUACAGAACUGCACAGAGCUUUUCUCUCAAAGCACAUGGUUGGUUUUCCUUGAGAAAAACACUCCAAAGACAAGGCCUGCCUUGACUGAAUGUCUUGCAAUCCAGUUUUGUAUCUGUUUUUCCAAAACUAAACUGCACAUGAACACGUGUUGUCAUUCAUUUGCCAUCCAUCCUCUGGCUGAAUUUCCAAGCACUCCCAGGAAGCUAUGCUGCACUUGUUUGGUGAUGAACUUCCACAAAGCCAUGAUGGAAACAAGUCUAAACCACAGCAUGAGUGAAUACAACAUUAGGAAAGCUUGACAAGAGUGGGAUGCUUUGCCUGGGUAUACAUAAACACACAUAUACACAAGUUUUAACAUUUUCCAGUGCCAGGGAAAUGGUCAGACUCAGCUGUCAGGAAGGCAAGAGGGAGAGCUGCUCUUUUUCUUUUUAAGACAGAGGUAUGGAUAAGGAUGUCUUGAAACACAAACAUCCUGAGAAAUUACUCAGUCCAAUGAGUGCUUCCACCUUAAUUAAAGCUAAGCUACGCUGUGAAAGGGCAUCACUGCAAAUGCCAAGGCUAAUAAAUCUAAUCAUAUUGCCAAAUAAUAAUUCUGAGGUUAAACAGCAGUUCCAUCCAGGUUAAUACACAACAUUUAAUCUCUGGCAGACCACAGCUUAUAUUCAGGUUCAGUAUAAUGUGGUCUUCUCUAGGUGGGCAUCUACCAUUCCUUCAAGUCUCCACUCUUCAUCCAUGGGCUAGUUAUUGCUUACAGUGGACUAAGGUCCCUAUUAGGAAGAAUUUGGGCAGCUGCUGCCUUAAAACAACCAUAAAGUCUGAGCCCAUGAUCAGUCAUACACAGACCAGCACUUCUAAAUGGGCAGGGCCCUGAUCUAAGCCACAAAGAACACUUCUUUCCCCCACAAAUACUAAUUUUUUUCUGGAAGUUGUUGCCUUCCUGCAGCAAUAUUGUAACUCCUAUUAGCAGUAACACUCCCAAUUUCAUCCCUUUUAACAAUCAUCCAGUCAAGAAAGGCCAGUGAAUGGCCUGGCUCCAAGCCAAGCUCUGAGGAUCUCCAACCAGAUUGUAUUAAUAGUACAGCUGAGUAUCUGCUCCAAGUAAUCCCUAAACUGGCCAAGUCUCAAGCUCUGCUUCAGAAAUACCACUUGUGAUGAACAGGUGGCUCAGCAACAGCUCAAAUUCAGCAUCCAGUGCUGGAGAGGCAGCUGUGCUGCAUCUUAUCUUUGGGAACAGCAGUGUCUUGGCUGUAAAAAAAAAUAACAAAACAAAACAAAAACAAACCAAAAAAAGACAAAAAAAGAAGAAAAGCAGCAGUGCUCUAAAGAAAGCUCCAGAAGGGCCACAAGAGGAUGUAAUGUGAUGCUACAUCCAUCCACCACCAACAGGCUGCUGCCAAAGACAAGGAGAAAGAAAGUCAGCAAAGGUGGCUUGGGCUGUCCACAAAGCAGGAAAGCCAAGCCACAGCUAAGCUUGUAGGAGAGCAGAAGGCAGAAAGAGCUGCUCUUUACAUCUCAGAGGGGUUGGGAAUUGUCUCAAGCCCUCUCCUCCUUCAGCUGCACACUUCACACAAUGCCAAAGGCUUCCAACCAGGCUGUCAGCUCCAGACAGGCUGGGCAGAUCCAUGUUCCCUCCUUCAGCCUGCAGGACAGCCUGGUGUUCAGAACAGAUGUCAUCUGCCUCUCACAUGCCACCAAGGGGGCGAGCAGGCAGCGUGCUGUCACUUCAGGUCUGUGCAGAGAUGCAUGCAGGCAGCGAGCAUAUCACACAACAGUGGCCCCUGUGUGACUCCCCAGGCCCCUGACACGCAGUGUCUCAUCUCAAUCACCUCACCAAGCCAAUUCUCCAUCUGUCACAGCAACAAAAGUUAAAGCCAGGUGAACUUGGCACCAUGCAGGCUGACAAACCCAACAGGCUUUUGCUGUUCUCCCAAGGAAAAUGCAGCACGACUGUUCAGAGCUCUCCAUCCAAACAGAAAAGCUCCUGCUGAGAAAGACAGAUCAGCCUUAUGUUCAAAGCGGCAUCCAAGUGCUCACUGUGACACAGAAUUCCAAUGUGCUUUACAAGGAGAAAAGCACACUGGAUCUGUAGCACCUAUCAUCCCCUCAGCUAUGGUAACAGAGCUUUCAUCAGCCCCAAAGAAAGGAGCAGAGCUAAAGUCCACUGAGCUCUUUGCAUCACCCCAGAGCACUUCACUCAGGGAGGAUUUGGGUAAUUAAAGAGGAGGACACUGCUGGCACUGACCUAAAGAGCUGCAGCUAAACACCACUCCAUCACAAUGACACGCACCAGUCAAAAUGCCAAUGUCUCUGCCCUCUGCAUCUUGCUUACACCAACGUGAACAGUUCCCCAACUCACUCCAAGGAGUUCAUACCCCUCCAGACCUUGCUGGGUCUCUGACAUCUAUUUCAGGUUACAAUGGCAAGUCAGUGAUAUUUUUAGUAAAGAUUUAGGGCAUUAGGUGAGAAGGAAAACUUGUUUCUGCCAGCUCUGUAUGUUGAAGAAAAAAAGGAACAAUCCCAGCAGUGACAUUAAU